GCAAAGGUUAGAGUCAAUAGGUUUUGAGCUUCUCAGUGUUUGAUUUAUUUCGAACAUGCAACUUGUAAUACACGAUUAGAUGUAAGAUGUAGUACAUCCGUCAUGACGGCCAGGGGGUGCACAUAGGACGUCCAUACGGCGGCCAUCAGGUGUGUUUUGUUCUUAUGGAAAAUCAAUGAAGACUGUUUACGGCUUGAUAUGAAGCGAAGGGUACCUACCAAGGGUGAAAUGAAGUUUCAACAUGAGAUUUCAGCUAAGGCAAAGGGAAAAAACAGAGAAAAAAGAAGCAGAUCGUUUUACAACCAAUCAGAGACUGUUGCUGAGCCAGAACAACUCCUGAAAGAAGCAGCUGAUCACAGCCAGACUAAUGUCGAAAAGAAUGAAUUUUUUGUUGGUGAAAGCUCAACUACUCAAGAGAGGAAGAUAGGUAUUGAUACAAUUGCCCUUGAUAAUAGAGAUAAAGAAUCUUGUUUAAAGGAGAAGGGAGCAGAUAAAAUGACUGAUUGCCAACUUUUGGGGAAAGAAAUUCUUUCAGAACUUCAUGCAAAGGGUGUUAGUUUAGAAAAUCUUGGCCAAAAUGAUUUAGAAACAUUUUUAAAAGAUAUUGGAAAAAGAAAAAAUCUUGAUCCAGAUACUGUAGGUAAAAUUUUCCAAGAGUAUCUUGAAAAUGAGAAGCAAAAAAUUGUUGGUUUAAUGAUGCAUCUGAUGCGUAACAAAGUUCCUCAGUCACUUUUGUUAGACAAGGAGCAGUUGGAGACACAGCCUUCUUACUCAGACUCUAAACAAACUGAAAUUGGCAAUGAGCAAGAAAUGAUAAGUCUUUUGACAUAAAGGAGCAAGUUUACGAAGAACCAACUAUCUAUGUAGACAGUGAUGAUUGUGAAGAUGGUAAACUGGACAUUGUUAUGCCAAGAACUCCAGCAGUUGAACUAUCUGAGUACAAUUGGUCAGCAGAAAAUGCAAGAAGCGAAGAAACUGUAAUAGAAGGUACUCUUCAACAACCUCCAAAAUCGAGUAUAAAUCUUUUCAAACAGGAUAGCGAUGGUGAUACGAUUCUGCACUUAGCAACUGUACAACAGCAUUCUUCUGUUGACAAGCUCAUUGAUAUGAUGAAGAAUGAAUCUUUAGAUGUACAAAACAAAAGAGGCCAGACAGCCCUUCAUCUCGCUGUCGUACUCAAACAAGAAGACAAUAUUAGAAGACUGAUAUACGCUGGUGCCUCCAUAGCUGUAGUCGAUUGUCACGGUGAUACUCCUCUUCACAUAGCGUGUCGCACUGGCAAGCAAACGUUAGUGUCGUUGCUUUUGAAGAAAUUACUAAUAUCGCCAUCUGUUGGAUGUGAAUCAGCCAUGCGAACGAGAAAUUUCGAAGGUGAAACUCCGUUACACAUUGCCGUGGCUCAUUCAUUUGGUACUGGUAAUGAAGCAGUCAUUCAUCUUCUAGUGAGCAACAAAUGUGAUGUUAAUUUGAUAGAAGGGAAAAGUGGCAAAACCUGUUUAUACAUGGCUCUUGAGAAUCAGAAUUAUAGACUAGCAAAUUACCUGAUCGAUCGUGGUGCUGAUGUAAACAUCGAUGCUUUCUCAGGGACUAGUCCUCUCCACCUUGCAUGUCAAGCAGGUGACUUCGACAUGGUUAAAAAGCUUCUAGCAAAGAAUGCAGCUCUUACAGCCAAAAAUGCUGAAUACGAAAGUCCAAAAGACGUGGCAGCUACCGAUGAGAUACGCCGACUGCUUGACAAGGCAAUGAAGAAGGAAAGGCGGAGAAAAUACAAAGAGAAAGAUGACUUAAAACGAUCUUCACCGAGAACUUAACGUUACCACUUUCCAGUUUUGAGGAAUAGCAUUCCGUUGAUUCAGAGUAACUACGUAGGAGCAAGUGUCGCUUUCAGUUGUUUAGCAGCAGCAUUGCGGGUUAACAUUUAUAAGGUCUUAAUUUAUUCUAAUUUAUGUUUCUACUUGCAAUAUUUAGAUUUUAUCGUAAAAAUUUUUUAAGUACCAAUCCGUUGCCAAAAUUUUGGUGGAUAUAUUUUCGGUGGAAAACUUCGGUGGAAAAAAUUUCGGUCAUAUUUUUGAAAUUUCGGUGUAUAUUUUAGUAAGAACUUGAAAAAUUUUGGUAGAAAGAAAAUAUUUCGGUGGGUAAAGAAAUGAAACACUUUCUGUAGGCAACUGUAGGCAAAAAUGUCAUAAGCUCUUAUUCAGGAGGUUUUUUAUCAUUUUCAUAACCCAUGGAGAAAAAUUAAUUGGAAGCGGAAGCAAUAUUUUCGAUCACUAAUCACAACGAAGGAGUUUUUGAUUGCCAAUCACAACGAACGUUAGAAAGAAAUAAUUGAAGGAAAUUAUGAAGAGCCAGUAGAAGCAUCUUUUCAGCACACAGAGAACCCAAGUUUCUUGAAUGUAGAGAGUAAAGAGAAGCAAGUGAAGAUGAGUCGGGUAUCUUAUAUUUUGAUAACGAAGGAGAACAAGAAACUGAAAAUUGAUAUGUAUUGGAUGUAUAGUAAUACUCAAACAAUAUCUAAGUAAAUUUGUUUUGUUACUGUGGAGAUCCAUUGGUGUGAAAGGAGUUUUUCCUAGCUUUUGACAUAAGGAAAAAUUUUGGUUUCGAAAAAAUUCGGAGGGAUUAAUUUUCGGUUGCCCUGCUUCAUGAAAAAGAAAUCCCACUAAAAUUGUUGGCCCUAAAGAAAGAUAUGCUGAAAGAAACAAAAGAGGAGGUCGUUAUAUGAAAUCUAGCAUUUAAUUCGAUCAAUGGCAAGUUAGGCAGUUAAAGAUUGCAUAUUUCUACAAAAUCUAGAUGCAGGAAAUGAUUAAACAAAUAGAACCUGGUCUUCUAUUUCAUACAAAACAAUAUAUUUUUAACAAAUUUGUUUCAAGACUCACACUCUGCUACAAUUUCAGUAAAAUUAGGUUCAAGCAUAAAUAAAGUUGAUAUGAUAUACCGAUAUAGUACCAUAAAAAUACACAGGUUUUUAUCUCUGUUUUGGUUUAUUUAAAAACAACUCAAUUUCUAAUGGUCCUUGGGCUAUUUUUUGCGAAAUUCACUGUAGGUGAUGACAUUUGUCAAGCGAACGUAACUUUGUAGUAUUUAGAUAUCGGAUGAAAUGUGUUAAGAGUGGUAAAAUAUAAGUUAAUUCAUUUAUUUGUAAAGAUAGGAAAAACCUACGUUUAAUUAUGCAUGAAAAUGCUAUGUUUUAGCACGUUUGGCAAGUAAAUCAAAAUAUCUUUCGCAUACUAAACCCAUCCAAAGAUUGCGCGAAUCGAAUUUUCAAAAUAAAGUACUUAUAUGACAUUAUAAUACUCCUCGUCUCUUCCUGAAAUAAGAACAUGAAAUUCUGGAUACUCAAAAACAGUUUUAUUUUUCAAAAUCUGUGUCAGUGAUUGUGACUGAUCUAGUAAAAAAUAC